GAUCACAAUGUACCGGCAGAACCACGAUCGCAUACAACUAGUAUGCUUAGUGCACAUAUUUGUGAAAAUUAUUCUCAGCACUGGUGUCAAGCAUGGCGCAGAAGAGGGUCGCUUCAUACCUCCACUGAUCGUACCACAAACAUCUCCCACGCGUCAUCAGCUGAUCGCCGGUAUCGGUAUCCCGCUUGGAACCCCGAUUUCCAUCACUACAGGAUAUGUCCUCAAAGCGCAAUACUUUCUACCGAUCUCCGUUAACGAUCUGAAACCUCACCUGUGGGACGGGUGGAACGAAACACGGCGCGUCUUGGAAAAGCGCGACGCUGUGACAAUACUGCCCGGUCAACGUUAUGAGCAAUACACUGCGACGGAUGUGGAAAUUAAGUCGGAACCUCUGCCGGAGGGCGAUGAAGAGGUUUUCGAGGAUGGAGACGACAACUAUUGGCUGGAUGAGGAGGAAUUUGAACAGCACGAAGAUGCGGAAGAGAGUAUGCCUUCGAUCGAAACGGGAUCGGAGGGAUACAACGCAGAACAUUCUCGUUGGACGACAUACAAAACGUUAGAGAAAAUUGGCGAAAGUUACGGCGCUGGAGGCAGAGCCUGUGUAUUGCGAAGUAUUUGCGAAGCAGCUGAAGCGGAAUUCACACAUACUGGUGGUAUAUUUGCCGAAUUAUUACACAUCUUGUUCACGCCAUCAACUACAACAGAACCACUCUCGGACCACAACGACAAUGAGUACCAUCGAGCAGAACAGCUUGGUCGGGAGGGAGCACCAUGUCAUCUUGUUUUCCGCGAAUGUAAUCAUUCGAUACUGGACGUUUUCACCGGUGUACACGAUACAGCUCUCGACUCGAUCACUGUUGGCCAUAAAAGCAUAAUGGAUGAAUUAAUGAGAUAUGGAUAACAUUUCAAAUUGACGAAUUAAUUUUGAAUCCUUGUUUACAUGAAUGUAUAUAUCUGAAUAAUUAAUCUAUUAUAAUAGUUGUAAUUGAAUCGAAUAUUGCUAUCGGACACAAUACAUCAUACUGCGCGCA